UGCGGCCGCGGGCUGUGAUUGGCUGAGCUAUUCCCACAGACCCGCCUACCCAGGACGGUUCCUGCAUCCUCUUCCUGACACCGGCGGACGCAGAACUCCCUCCGGUGAGGUCAGAGUUCCCGGCAGACUGUCACUAUGGCCACCGAACUCCUGCUCAAUGAUCUAGACACUAAGUUCUGUGCAGACAACCUGCUGACCAGCGAGGACUGGGACACAGGCCUGUAUGGCUACGCAGAGGUGGCAGAUGACUACGGGGAGCUUUUUCAGUCUGGUUUUAGUUCUUACCCCCUGCAUUUGUAUGACAGCCAGAUGGACGUGGAGUCUUGUUCCGUGUCCUCGUCUUUGGAUGAAAUCCACAGUAUGAACUUGUCAGACCUGUUAGUUAAGACAGAGCCAGCGUCCCCCUACUCUUCCUCAUCCUGUGACUCCUCUUCAUCCUGUGAUGGCCUCUACACACCAUCUUUAGGAGAGGUGGGAACCUCAGUGAAGAUUGAGCUGCCACCGUCACCCCCAUGUCCGAACCUGGAGCCACCACCGACCCCUUGCAGUGCUCUACAGAUAACGCUCCUCCCAGUGUCUUCUACGACUGCUCAGUCUGGAUGUCUCCCCAAGUCUAACACUUUCCUGUCUAAGAAACCAGCCCUACAGCCGAGACCUGCUCCAGGAGCCAAGCCAUGCUCGUCCCCAAACAGCACGCCCCACGCCAUCAUCCUGCACCCUGUCAGCAACGCUCCUCCUGCAGCACAUGCACCCUCCCUCACAGCCUCUCCGCCUAUGCUGGUGUCUCAGCUCCUGACAGUGCAGAAUGGGGGAACCGUGACGUCGCCUGUUAAACCUGAAGCCAAGACCAUCGUGCCUGCCCCGAGCACUGGAAAAAACAGCCCCGCGGAGGUGGAUCCCAAGCUCUUAAAGAGACAGCAACGCAUGAUCAAGAACAGGGAGUCAGCGUGCCAGUCCCGGAGGAAGAAGAAGGAAUAUGUGCAAGGUCUGGAGGCGAGACUGCUGGACACAGAGAGACAGCUGGAGAACGCUCGACAAGAGAACAGGGAGCUGCGGGACACAGUGCAGCAUCUAAUGAGAGAGAACUCUUCGCUCCGCGGCUCCUCCAGCAGCCGGAAAGUUGUCUGUGUGAUGGUCGUCCUCGUCUUCAUUGCGUUCAACUUCGGGCCCACAAGUUUGACCCGCAGCAUACAGGAGGAGUCUGUGAAGAGUCCAGAGAUAUCCCACCAUGCUCGCCGCUUGCUGACUUACAAUAACGAAGACAAGUUGCGUGCGCCCCCGGGACCAAAGUUCUAUGCGCGACAUCCCGCUAAACACAAAAGCUCAUUCAGUAAUGCCACCGGGUCACUGGCCAACGUGAAGCACCUGAUGGUCCGAGAUCUGGACCAGCUGUUCCUCACCUCUGACUGCAGACACUUCAACCGCACAGAGUCACUCCGGUUAGCUGACGAGCUCAGUUUAUGGGUAAGCCGACAUCAGAAUGAAAGGAAAGUUGGAAAGUCGCCCCCUAAAAAGCAGAGGAAGAUAAAGAAGCCCUUGAUCAGGAAUAGCGUGUCCCUUGCAGACUUGGUUCCUGCACAGCCGUCCAGACUGCAGCCGCACAGGAUGCACAGUGCUCCGCUACAGCUGUACGGGCCCAAGGAGACCACUGACCACUCUCUAAUGGACGCCAUUGAGAGACGGGAAGACACGUUUUACGUGGUGUCCUUCCGGAGGGAUCACCUUCUCCUUCCAGCUAUAAGUCACAAUAAGACAUCCCGUCCAAAAAUGUCUCUGGUGAUGCCGGCCAUGUCUGUGAAUGAUAGCGUCUAUAACCGCUCCCCGGGAUUCGAGGCAAUGAUGCAGAUAGACUGCGAGGUUAUGGACACCAGAGUCAUCCAGAUAAAGUCUUCCACAGUCCCCCCCUCUCUGCGCACACCCCGCACUCCUCCCCAACAGCAGGGGGCAGUGCGUGGGAACCUGUCCCUCUACUUACAGGACCAGAUGUCUCUGGCGGAUGGACAGGACUGACAUCGGGCACAAUACAAGCAAUUUAAUUUCUUUUCUUUUUUUUAAUAUAUAUAUUGUAAAGAAUUAUUGUAAAUACAGUGAUAUGUAUAUAAGAUAAAAUAUAGGCAGAAGCGCGAGUAGAUGUGAGUGGUAUAUAUAAUUAGUUUGUGCGUCUGUGUGGUCAUGGAUGAUGUCAUCUGUUCGACUACAUUGUGUGUAAAAUGGAACUGUCAAACCCAGUGGCCGGGGAUGUUUGUUACCUAUGUACAGUGACUUCCAGGUAUUUAUUCAGAUCUGUUAAUGUUAUCCCGGCAUCGUUAGGCAUAAAAACGAAGAAAAAAAAAAAAAACAAUUAACCAAAACACUUUUUUCUGGUCCACAGCAUAGUAGACCCAGCAUCAAGUAUCCUUAUAUAAGUUGGAGGCCACCCAAUUAGUUUAUAUUUGUUGGGUCUUACUAUCAAUUAGUUUAUAUUUGUUGGGUCUUACUAUCUGCGCGAAAAUAAGAAACGGUAGAAUGUUGCCUACAUAUAAUAAUUAUUCUCCUUUUCUCCAAUAGAUUCAAUUAAAGUAAAGAUCUUUAUCUACAUAUGAGACCUUUUUCGGAGUUGGGUGUAAAUGCAAGUUGUCGCCCCCUCCCCUUCAUCUUUCCAUGAUGCGCAUUUGUUGUCCUGGCGACUCAUCCACGUUUUUCAAUUACCUCUCCAUGCACCAAGUGGGGUUGGGACGGGGAUUGAAGGGAGGCAUGUAGUCACAGCCAAAGUACAGUUAAGUGUGUGGCGUCAGGAAACGCAUCCAAGAUGGCCGCCUGAAAGGCGUAAAUGCACCUAUUUCGAAGGAGAUAAAUUUGCGGGCACUCGAGCCAUGGCUUAAGUUGCAAGCUGAUGAUGGUGGAGGCUGAGGCUUGAAUCUGAUUUGACGAACACAGCUAAGACACACCCCAUUAUGCAAAUAUAGUGUAACUGCUGUGGCUGCAAUCUAAUAGACGGUGUGCUGAACACUCGUUUAUACUCUGCUUGGCACAGGCUGGCUGCUGAUUAGUGUGGUCUUUAAAAAAGUUGACAUUUUACAAUUGCGUCUUCUUUGAUUUGCAUGUCAUAGGCUCCAUGCGACUUUUGCACUUAUUAUCCGUACUUUUCACCCAUGUACUGUAAUGUGUAUGGAUUGUGCACUGUGUUCCUGAGCAACUUCUGUGCUUCCAGUGAAGCCACGCCUCCUGUGUUCCUGCCGCAUCUGCCCCUAUUGCAUGCCUGGGCAGAGGGCCGCGUUUGUUAUCUAUGCAGAAUUGGUCACAUCUCGUGUUUCCAGCCCAUUCUGCAUAGGUAGUAAGAGGCACAUUUUUUUCCAGCCACAUUUCGUAUCUGGAUGAUAGGUCGACAGGCUCAAAUGGUCGACACAGGACAUUUUUGAAAUGUUAAUUUAAAAAAAAUAUUUUUUCGUGCUCUAUCAUCCAUGUGGGCUGCGAUUGGGAAUAGUAACGUGCCCCAAGCAUGGUGAGUGAAACAGUACACUAAUUGGGGUCACAUAUGGUUAAACAUACAAAAUGACACCCAAACAUGCAAAAAAAAAAAAAUGCAUCGACCUUUUCCACGUUGACCUUUUCAGGUGUCUACCUUUUCACUGACGCUCUGUUGACUCUGUCAACCGUAUGCAUGUCGACCUAGAAACUGGUAAACCUGAUUUUGUUAGACCAUAAUGAUCCUCACCAGCCGCAUUUACCUUUACAUCCAACUAGGAAUAAGGUCCAGGUGUAGAGGGAAAGCCAAUGGUUCUUGCAGAAGUAACCAUGUCAUCCCGCUGCAGCAUACCAUAGAACUGAAAAAUGAUCUCUGACUCCGUCCAUUAAUGUGAAAGCUGGACUGACCUCCUGGUGUGACAGUGUCCCCCUAGGCGAGAGGGUUUAAUGACACCUAAAUCACGUGUCUCCCACUUGACCCAGGAUGUCCAAGCACUACUGGCUCAUUCCCUGCCAUCCCUCCAGAGUCACCACCUUCCCUUGCACCCCUCUUACCAUCAGGAACACCACAACCCCAGUGCCGUGGCUUCAUCCCUGAUUCCGUCCUUCCCUUUAUUCCCCCCCAUCCUUUCUCUAUCUCACACUACAACCAAAACCCUUAUCCACUCUCACCAUCUCCAGCCUCCACUAAUUGUAAACUCACUGGAUUACCACCGUCCAUAGCUUGCGAUCUCUGCAUUUGUUUUGUUCACCCCACUAUCCAGUGCUGCAAAGCAUGAGGGCUCCAUGGAAAUCAUUGGCAGUAUUAAAAAAAAAUCCUGUUUCCAUUUACUAAUUUAUUUUACAUUCUUCUUUCACUGCAAUGCAUCUAAAUGGGUAAAAGAUAUUUUAUUUAGUACUGUUUUGACAAUUCAUAACUGAUCUCAAAAAAAUGUAAUUCUGCUUAUUACUAAUUAUAGUGGGGGUUAAAGUUUUCAGCCACUGGCGACACUGCGUCCCACAUUCACUGCAGAAAUGAACUCGACUUGUCUUCUACAAACAGAGUAGAUGCUAGUUUGCCUCUACUGCAUAGGCACUGGGUACACCUGGAGGGGAGUUUCCCAUUUGCUUCUACUGCAUAGGCACUGGGUACACCUGGAGGGGAGUUUCCCAUUUGCUUCUACUGCAUAGGCACUGGGUACACCUGGAGGGGAGUUUCCCAUUUGCUUCUACUGCAUAGGCACUGGGUACACCUGGAGGGGAGUUUCCCAUUUGCUUCUACUGCAUAGGCACUGGGUACACCUGGAGGGGAGUUUCCCAUUUGCUUCUACUGAAUAGGCACUGGGUACACCUGGAGGGGAGUUUCCCAUUUGCUUCUACUGCAUAGGCACUGGGUACACCUGGAGGGGAAUUUCCCAUUUGCUUCCACUGCAUAGGCACUGGGUACACCUGGAGGGGAAUUUCCCAUUUGCUUCCACUGCAUAGGCACUGGGUACACCUGGAGGUGAGUUUCUCAACUGCUUCCACUGCAUAGGCACUGGGUACACCUGGGGGUGAAUUUCCCAUUUCUUUUCCACCGCGUAGGCACUGGGUACAACAGGUGAGUUUCCCAUUUGCCCCCACUGUAUCACUGGCACUUGGUACACCUAGAGGUGAGUUUUCCAUUUGAAAUUCUUUGACAUCAUCCACAACUAAAUACAUAUGUGUGUGUGCUGACACAGCGGUAGACUGUUGCUUUGUGUAUAUGUGGGUAUUUUAUUUAUAUUACAUUUUGUUUACAUAUAAAUAAAACUGAAACAUAUAUGCAGAUUUCAAUGGGACUUCAUAUGAAUAUAUGCCUAUAUUCAUAGAUCUAUAGUAAUAAAUUAGCUGGACUAAAGGGAAAUAUAAUCUAUUACACAGUGAACCUGAUUAUCACCUAUUGCUUUAGCACCAAGGGAAUGGCAAUCUGGUGUAUGUGUCUCGCUCUGAGUAUGUAUAUUUGUAUAUGAGAAAUGUAAGGGCCCUUGUUUCUGAAUCUACAGAGGGCGUGUUACGGAGGAGUACUUUCAUUGACAAUGUACAAAGGAUGUAUGUGUGGUAUUUGUGUGUAUGUCUGCGGGAGUGUGUGUUGUAGUGUGCAGAAAUCUGUUGCUGUCAUUUUGUACUUUGUUAUGGGGAAACCUUUUUAUAAUAAAUACUGGAAAAAAAAGA